AUGGAGAAUCGUUCGUCACUCUAUCGUCUGCUCGAACUCUCUCGUCGCUCUCUCGUCUACUCCAACUCUCUCAUCCCUUUCUUGUGCAAAUUUAAUGAUGAUUACACGAAGGAAUUGGAGGAAGCUUGCAGAACCAGAACCAUGGUCGAAGUUCCUUGA